AUCUGUUUCAAAACAUCUCUCGUGUCAAUAUGUUGUAACAGCUCGUACAUCUCCACCAGGUAUUGAUUUUUGAGGGGGUGUGCACACCAACUGAACAGUCGGGAUUUCCCCAACAGAACUAGAACUGUGUCGUAUCGGGUUUAUGGUUCUAGACUUCCCAUCAGGCAAUUAUGAUAAUAAGUAUUGCAACACAAUGGAGGAGUUUAUUGUGAAAACAGUGUGAGAACUGUCAAAAACCUUCAGGCACUUGAUGAGGGUAGACAUUGAGACACGUCUCUGUUAGAAGACUUUCAUACUGAGGGAAUAUGGAGAAUAACACAUCAGCAUUUGGUAUGGGGCGUGAGAAGAGAGUGGGCAUACAUAACAUGACAGAAGGGAAUAUUUUCAAUAAUAGCUAUCAAUGGCAAGCCCCCGAAACAGACUUUAUGGACAAUACAGGAACUACUGAGCCAGACAUGUCAGAGCCAAAUCCACUGGAAAAGAGACAAAGAAUUCUCCAGACAAAUCUCCUGCAACUUCUAGGCCAAUUUGAUGGAAUACCAGUCAACGAUCUUUGGAAAACCUUUAAGACUAUUUACGGGUUUCAACCGCGUCCAGCUAAUUACUCGGUUUCUGAUAUGAAUGAUAUUCUACCAUUGUAUUCUGAGUUUAUUGGGAUUGAUCAAACUCCACUUGGGCCGAGGUUAACCCUGACGAAACAAGGCAAACAUGCCCAUCUCAUAGAGUUUCAUCCGGAAGGCAUUAUUGACGAACAAACCUUUACCACUUUUAAUAUGCCGUCUGCUUCUACGCCAUUCAAUGAACCAAGACAAUAUCAGAAUCACUCGCCGAGACAAAUGUCGUAUAGCCAGGCCGCUACAACUAAUGUACCACAGCAUACGGGGAGACAACAACAAAAUGGCUACUUCCCUCAGCCUUCUUGCCAACAAGUAUUGACGUCCAACAAUUAUUAUACAAAUAUCCAGCCUCUCACGAAGGAGACACUUUCCCACGCCGCAAGUCUGCGGAAGCAGCAGCAGAAAGUACCAACGGUGAGGGAGAUGCUAGCGGAGCCAGAUUGGUCCCGACGAGCGUCAUCAGACUGGGAGGGAGGACGACACCUUGAUUCAGGUGACCAGGAUGUAAUCAAUGAAUUCAGCAAGGGCCUCUCGGAGAUCGAGACAACCAUCCAGAGAAAUAUCAUCACAAUUCUCGCCAAAUUCCACCCCACUGGCGUCCCUGUGAGAAGCAUCUGGGACGUCUACAAGAAAAUAUACAAGUCCGUGCCAACAAAACAAGAUGUCCUCAAUAACAAACUGAAAAGUAUCAAUCACAUAUUUGAACGAUUUUCUCAGACAAUAACCCGGAAAUCCAUUGAGAAAACCAUGACUUUCGUCUUGACACCUAAAGGUGUUGAUUAUGCUGAAAUGCUUGAUUUGCUUCCCAAGAGUUUAAAGGAUACGAAGGAUAGCGAUGCUGUGACAAACAUGACUAGGCAGAGACUGCAGGGCAGUGGGACGGGAAUGUAAAGAUGCCACCAUUAUGACGAAGGACCAAAUACUGGUUACAAGAUGUCAUGAGACAAUGCACGACCAUACAGGACACAAUGCCCCGCGUUGAGUCACUGUCAGAAAAGACACCAUAGAUAGCCGUAGCUCAUCAAAUAUCAUCUCGGAACGCACCACAGCAAAGUGGUUGAACGUGACCUGAUCUUUUAUCAGGUACCAACAACUCAAGGAAGUGAUGUUGUGACUGCUAGGUGAAGGAUGACUCCACCAAUGUUCAUAUCUAUUACUUAUCCUAGACCACCUUGUGGUAGCAUCUUCGACUUUUACAAAUGUAGGCCUCUCAGACUGAUAUCUAACAACUGCUGACUAUUUUUAAAUGUUUUGGCCAGUAUGAUCAAUAUGCAAUAUCAUGUUUUAAUAUGGAAACGAAACAACCAAAACAACUUGUAGCAUACAGUCUAGUUUUUGUAGGCCAAAGGUGUAAAUGUGCACAUUAUUUUAGAGAUAAUUUAUUUGUAUAGACGUUGUGUAUAAAGCGCCAUCAAUGAGUGACCUGCAGUCAUGAAAACAAAACUUGCUUGUCUGCAGUUAUCAUUGCAAGUGUCUGCAACAAGAAUAUCAAACCUAGCAAUUGCUUGUUUACCUGCAGAUGAGGGGUUGUGUUAUUGCACGUAGCAGUCAGAUCAUAAUAACCGCAGGAAGCAGCAAUUUGAAUAUAGCUCAUCUGUGUGGCGCUUUAGGAUUGAAAACUCGGGGAACUUUCCCAUCAUUGUACAAAUAUAUGUUAUGAAGCCGCUAUUUGACGAACAAACUACUUAUUCUCUACAUAGACAUACUCAGUCUUUUAAUUAUAAAUAGAA